AUGUCUCCUCCCAUCUCUUCCACGCUAAAUAUUAUUUAAACACACAAACUCAACUCACGACUCACAACUCACUAUCCUCUGAUUCCUCUCUUCUCUUUUAUCUUUCUCUUUCUCUCUGGUACUACAGAAACAGAGUGGAUAUGGCAGCUAAAUCGAAGAGCAUUGCUGUUGUGGUGAUCGGGAAGCACAUAGUCAACAGUGUUCGUUCAUGCCCCUUCGCAUCUGGUCUCCUCUCUUCUCGAGGUAUUGCUAACAGGAAUGGUCACACAUCGGCGUAUGAUAAGAACGUAGAGGAAGAAAUGCAAUCUAGUAAAGUGCCUGAUGAUUUAAUAAAGCCUGACUCCGACAACUAUUGGUCUCCUCAUCCUCAAACUGGUGUCUUUGGACCUUCCUCAUCCUCCUCGACCGACACAACCGACGAGAAUCGUUGCGGUCAGGAGGAUUCAGUGAUGGAGGAGAAAGCUUGGUUCCGUCCAACAAGUCUCGAGGAUUUAGACAAGACUCACCAUUCGUAGAAUCAUAGCAAGCAAACUCUUCCUAUAUGUGUGUGUUUACGUACCCACUGUUAGAAUAAAAAAUUCGAAGUGUGUGGGCAUGUUAUAUUAUGUUUCAAGACGAACAAAAUUUCUUGUGUUAUGAUGUUUUACGUUUUGCUUCUCUUUGUUUUUUGAGAAAUUAGUAAAUUACUGUGGAUAAAAUUGAAGUUAUUUGAA